AUGCCAUCCGCGCGGGAGUCAAGUCCGGAGGACAUUUCAGAUGGAGGUAUUGAUCUAAAGUAUCUGGCCAUCGGCGAAGCAAAGAAGGCUAAGAAGGAGAGGAAAGAAAAAGGUGAAAAGGUUGAAAAGAAAGUGAAGAAGGAGAAGAAGGAAAAGAAAGAAUCAUCCAAAGACAAGUCAUCAACCAAAGAGAAAUCUAGCAAGAAGAGAAAAGCAGAGACUCUGACCGAGGAGCCCGUGGUCGCAAAAUCUCCAGAAGACGAUGUGUCCAUGGAAGACGCCAACCCAGUACAAGAAGAACCAUCCGAUAAUCCACCCUCUAAAAAGCGCAAAUCUGUACUUGGCGAAGAGAUCGAGGUCGACGUUACCGCCCCCGAGCCACCAUCCAAGAAAGCCCUCCGUGCUCUCAAAAAGGGCAAACCUUUACCACCAUCAAAAUCCGGCGCGGAACCCAUGAAGGACGGCGAGGCCAAAAAACCAAAAGCCGAAGUAGAGAAGAGAUCUGAACACGCCAUCUGGAUCGGAAAUCUCGCCUUCCACACCUCCAAGACGGAUCUUCGUAAAUUCUUCGUUGAGAAAUCUGAUAUCACGGAUGAGAUGCUCACCAGAAUUCACAUGCCUGGUCCCAACGACAAGAAAUCAGCAAACUCGGUCGAGGAGAAGAGAAAUGGAAAGACGGUUCACAACAAAGGUUUUGCUUACGUUGACUUCACCACCGAGGCAGGAGUUACAGAGGCCCUUGAGUUAUCAGAGCAAUUAUUGGGAGGACGAAGGGUCUUGAUCAAGAACCACAAGUCUUUCGAAGGGCGGCCCCAAAAGACAAAAGAGGAAACUCGAAAAGAAGGAAAGCCACCGAGCAAGAGAGUCUUCGUGGGAAAUCUUGCCUUCGAAGCUACAGAGGAAAGCGUUCAGGAGCAUUUCGAGAAGUGCGGGGCCAUUCAGAGCGUCAAACUUGCACAGUUCGAGGACUCUGGAAAGUGCAAGGGAUAUGGAUGGAUCCAAUUUGAGGAAUUGGAAGCAGCACAGAAUGCCGAGCGUGGUUUCUUCCACGUGGAUGAAUCAGCAUCUGACUCCGAAUCCGAGUCGGAGGCAGAUUCCGACAGCGAAAUGGGUUCAGAAGCAGAGACCAUCACCAAACCAAAACCUAAGACGACGAUCAUACGGAAAGUCUGGUGCAACAGAAUCAACGGUCGAACCUUGAGGAUGGAAUUCGCAGAAGACGCUCAAGUCAGAUACAAGAAGCGUUACGGAAAGGAUGGCACCAAGCAACAGCAACAGCAACAACCACAACAACCUGCUGGGGAAUCCGCACCGGAGAGUAACGUGGUGGUUCCUUCCAAAACCGUCGAGUACCGGAAGCCCUAUGCAGCCCGUCUCACGGGUGGUAUCAUCGAGAGUAAGGGAAAGAAGGUUACCUUCUAG